GCCGCCGGCUGCCGGCGUCUUCGCGGGCCGGUCCAGCGAAGGCGGCGCCCGCGCCUCUGCAGCCAGUGGCAGUUGCAAGCCCGGGGAGGCGUCUCCCGCAGUCCCCUGCAGCCCUGCGCCCCGGGCGCCUGCGGCCAGAGCGGCUGCCCCGAAGGAAGGGGAGGAGAGGACGAGAAGGCGGUGACAAACUCUCCGGCCCCGCGCCUCAGCCGGCACUCCGCAGCAGGCAUGCAGGCGCGGCGUCUGGCCAAGCGCUCAAGCCUGGGCAGCCGCCGCGGUGGCACCGCGCUGCAGCCGCCGGGGCCCGCGGCCGCUAGGGAAGCUGCUCUACCCGGGCUCCCGCCCCCCGCCCCGGGCUCGGCCCGGGAGAGCUGGAGGCCGCCGCUGCCGCUGCCGCCGCCACCGCGCAGCGCCGCAACCGGCCCCCCUCGGGCCGCCGGGACCGCCGCCACCUCGUCGCCGGUGCUGCUGCUUCUGGGGGAGGAAGACGAGGACGAGGAAGGAGGAGGCCGGCGGCGCAGGGGGCUCGGGAGGGUGGAGGAGAAGCCCGGAGGGGGCGCGGAGGAGGAGGAUGAUGACGAGGAAGACGAGGACGAGGAGGUGGUCGUCGAGGUGGUGGAUGGCGACGACGACGACGAGGACAGCGAGGAGCGCUUCAUGCCCCUCGGCCCCAGCCGCGCGGUCCCCAAGGGCCCGGCCCGGGGCGCGCUGAAGGCUGGGAGCAUUAAGCGGGAAAUGACCUUCACAUUUCAAUCAGAGGACUUAAAACGUGACUCUAACAAAAAAAUUUCUCAACACUUGUUCUCCUUGGCCAUGGAGGAAGAUGUGAAAACAGCAGACACCAAAAAAGCCAACCGAGUCAUCGACCAUGAAAAAGAAAACACUCGCUCCAUCUGUCUUCUCGAGCAAAAACGAAAAGUCGUUUCUUCAAAUAUUGAUGUUCCUCCAACAAGGAAAUCUUCAGAAGAACUGGACAUGGACAAGGUGACAGCCGCAAUGGUACUAACCAGCUUGUCAACCAGCCCAUUGGUUCGAAGUCCUCCAGUACGGCCAAAUGAGGGCCUCAGCGGAUCCUGGAAGGAAGGAGGGUGCGUGCCUUCCAGCACGAGCAGCAGCGGCUACUGGAGCUGGAGCGCCCCCAGCGACCAGUCCAACCCGUCCACGCCGUCGCCGCCGCUGUCCGCCGACAGCUUCAAACCCUUCCGCACUCCCGCCCAGCCGGACGACGGCAUCGACGAGGCGGAGGCCAGCAACCUUCUCUUUGACGAGCCCAUUCCCAGGAAAAGAAAGAAUUCUAUGAAGGUGAUGUUCAAAUGCCUCUGGAAAAACUGUGGGAAGGUGCUGAGCACAGCAGCUGGCAUCCAAAAGCACAUCCGGACCAUUCACCUUGGGCGUGUUGGGGACUCUGACUACAGUGACGGAGAAGAGGACUUUUACUACACAGAGAUCAAGCUCAACACAGACUCGGUGGCAGAUGGGCUGAGCAGCCUGGCGCCGGUUUCUCCUUCCCAGACCCUGGCUUCGCCUCCUGCUUUCCCCAUCCCAGAGUCAAGCCGAACGGAAACUUCUUGUGCCAAAACCGAGACUAAACUGAUGACACCCUUGAGCCGCUCCGCUCCCACCACCCUCUACCUCGUGCACACAGACCACGCGUACCAGGCCACACCCCCAAUGACCAUUCCAGGUUCCGCCAAGUUCACCCCCAAUGGGAGCAACUUCAGCAUCUCUUGGCAGUCCCCUCCAGUUACCUUCACAGGCAUUCCAGUCUCCCCAACACAUCAGCAGCCAGUGGGCCAAGGAGAGCAGAGACAACACACUCACACAGCGCUGUCCUCCCCACCCAGAGCAACUGUCGGCCUGAGAAAGCCCCGGGGAGAGGGCAAAAAGUGCCGGAAGGUGUACGGCAUGGAGAACCGGGACAUGUGGUGCACGGCCUGUCGCUGGAAGAAGGCCUGUCAGAGGUUCAUCGACUGAGGGGCCAGACAGCCGCACCAGGCGAGGGGCCUGCUCCGCCACAUCCUCCUGCUGUGUAUUCCACUGCAGCUUUUGAAAAGAGCUUUUCCUUCCAACAAAAUGCACUUGAAGCCCAGGAAGCACACUUCCAGGAACGAUGGUGGAAUUACAGCAAAAAAAAAGAAAGUCCCCACGCUCAUGGCUCAAA